AACCAACAUAAGCUAAAGAAGAUAAGAAGCAAAAACAAAAAGGCUGCUCCACACUAAGGAGGAAAACUGUGCGCAAAGAGAGAAGCAAAGCAAAGCCAUUUUUCUCUUUCUUUUGUCUUUGUUUUCUUUUCUUUCUUUCUCGUCUUCAACUUCAACAAUAUGGAGGAGGUCUUGUACUGGUUGAAGAUGCUGGUCGUCUCUUUCAUGGUGUUAGUUGUCGUGUUAAAAGUUGCCGUGUUGCUUUGGUGGAGACCUAGGAAGAUUGAGGACCAUUUCUCAAGGCAAGGGAUCAGAGGACCCCCUUACCAUUUCUUCAUUGGAAAUGUUAAGGAGCUUGUGGGCAUGAUGUUAAAGGCUUCUUCUCAACCCAUGCCUUUCUCUCACAAUAUUCUCCCCAGAGUCCUCUCUUUCUACCAUCAUUGGAAGAAAAUCUAUGGUGCAACAUUUCUUGUUUGGUUUGGACCCACGGUUCGACUCACCGUCUCUGACCCCGAUCUCAUUAGGGAAAUCUUCACUUCCAAGUCUGAAUUCUAUGAAAAGAACGAAGCCCACCCUCUGGUUAAACAGCUUGAAGGGGAUGGCCUCCUUAGUCUCAAAGGUGAAAAAUGGGCUCAUCAUAGAAAAAUCAUAACUCCCACUUUCCAUAUGGAAAAUCUCAAAUUGCUAGUGCCGGUGGUGGCAAAAAGAGUGACGGAUAUGCUGGACAAAUGGUCGGCAAUGUCACGCAGCUCCGGUGAGAUUGAGAUUGAAGUCUGCGAGUGGUUUCAGACACUCACAGAAGAUGUCAUUACCCGUACCGCGUUCGGGAGUAGCUAUGAAGAUGGAAAGGCCAUAUGUGGUCUACAAGCCCAACAAAUGGUACUUGCAGCCGAGGCAUUUCAAAAAGUUUUCAUCCCUGGGUAUAGGUUUUUGCCCACCAAGCGGAACAUAAGUUGUUGGAAAUUGGACCGGGAGAUUAAGAAGUCGUUGAUGAAGCUGAUCGAUCGCCGGAAAAGGAAUUCGGGGAACAUACUGCAAGACAACGGUCCCAAGGAUUUGCUAGGAUUAAUGAUGCAAGCCUCAAUUUCGAGUCCAAGUAUCACUGUCCAUGACAUAAUUGAAGAGUGCAAGAGCUUUUUCUUUGCGGGCAAACAGACCACAUCCAACUUGCUGACGUGGACAACUGUUCUUCUAGCAAUGCACCCACAGUGGCAGGUGCAAGCACGUGAGGAGGUUCUAAAGGUGUGUGGAUCACGUGACACACCCACUAAAGAUGAUGUUGUAAAGCUUAAGACGAUGAGUAUGAUCUUAAAUGAAUCCCUGCGGUUGUACCCACCAACAAUAGCCACAAUCAGACGGGCCAAAGCUGAUGUUGAGCUUGGGGGUUACAUGAUCCCUCGAGGGACCGAGCUUUUGAUACCAAUCUUGGCCGUUCAUCAUGAUCAAGCCAUAUGGGGCAAUGAUGCUAAUGAGUUCAACCCGGCUCGGUUCUCCGAGGGCGUGGCACGUGCAGCCAAACAUCCUGUUGGGUUCAUCCCAUUCGGCCUUGGGGUCCGUACGUGCAUUGGGCAAAACCUAGCCAUUUUGCAAGCAAAAUUAGCCCUUGCUCUCAUACUUCAACGCUUCUCCUUUAGGUUGGCCCCAACUUAUCAACAUGCGCCGACGGUUCUGAUGCUACUUUACCCACAACAUGGAGCACCGAUCAUCUUCCAACCUCUGUCGGAACCGCUAUCUGUCCCUCAGAGAUGAAGGGUCCUGAUUUGAUCCCAACUCGUACAAUUACCUAUCUCUUGUGUGUGCCUGCGCGUAUGCUAGUAAGUUGCGUGACCCCACAGCCCCCCCCCCCCCCCCCCCCCGACGAAAAAAAAGCCCUCUCCAUUGCUACCUCUAAAGCAUAAGAUGAUAGAAAAUUGGAGAUAUUUUGCAAGGAAAAAGAAGAAGAAAAAAAGUGUCGUUUACCUAUCUUUGCCAAUUCCUUCUGGCUUUGCUACAACUGACCCUCCCCAAAUUCCCAUGCCCGUGGUUUUUUAACCAAAAAGGUUUGCCAUGAAACUCUUGGUUUCACCAUAAUGUGUUUUGCGCCUUUGGCUUGGAAGCUCUGUAUUAUCAGUUUCUUAGGAUUUAGGCAAAUGGCUAACAAGUAGAUAGGUUUCCUUCAACCCUUUUGUCUCUCCCAUAUGUAUGUAAUGUAUAUUUGCAACACAGUUUUGUAAUGUUAUGCAAUUCAUGAAAAAUUGGUUGUUUUGAUGAACGUCUAUUCUUGUAUAUGGAAUCAGCAGCAGCCUGACAACCCAAUUCUCACUUUCA